ACAUGUACGCACCAACACCAACACAUUAAAAGUGUAGCCCAGUGUAGCUUAGUCGUUGCGCUGAAGAAUAUUAAAUUAGGUGUGUGUAGUAUUAUGAAAGAACAACUGCCACGCUGCCUUAUAAAACAUGGGAGAUAAAGAGCAUCAUGUACACUUCAGCGGGAGUAGUGGGCUCGGAAAAGACAACAAUAUUAUGAUACAACCACAACGGCAUGGACAAAUAGACGCUCAUCUUGGAUUUUUACAACUUAAUCACAGAUAUCACGUGGAAUUCUCGAUUCCUUGGAACUUGUGCACUCACAGGGAUAAAAAGAGUACCACGCCGGCGAUAGUCACAGGACCUACAAAUCCCAAUUGUCAUAUCAUAGACCUAAUGCAAGAAAAAGAAGGCUUAAAAUUAAGAAUAGAACUGCUAGCGUAUAAGGAGAAGAUCUUGAAGGAACAGGUACAGAUAAUGUGUUGCACAGCAGGAACUCCGUUAAGUAUCCAAUUGAAUGCACGUGUCUUGGGCAAAGACGUGGGAAGGCCAUUACUUAGGAACGGGAUACGCAGCAUCGGAAUAGAGCGGUCGAACGAAGAUGAGGUGCUGGGUACAAAAUUGAGGGCGUCGUUGAGCUUGCAAAGUCAGCAAACUCUGAACGAAUACUAAACAAUCAACGGCUCUAUCGAGGGACAACGUUUGUAUGUAACAGGGGACGAAACCGAUAGACGAGAACGUUUCUUAUUUCGAAGUUUCGUACAAAGCCAGGCAAGAUCAUGGAUCGCAAUCGUAAUCAAGUUAAUUAGUCGAACAAUCACUGUUUUAGACCGUAAGACAUGCACUUGCGUUUAAUUCUCAAGCAUAAUAUAAAAAUAGUUUAUUAAGCUAUGCACAUGCCAACUAUACUAGUUUAGAAAGCACGACUUUCGAAAUAUGCGAUGUUCAAUUAAAAGAAAUUGAGCUUUCUCCCCGAAUUUAUAGCAAAUAAUUCGACUGGACACGAGAGCCUACGUGACGUAACUUUCUUCUCUUGAGAGAAACAAAAGUAUUCCUCUUUAUCGAAGGAUCACAUCGAGUUAUUGCCAGAUACCGCAUUUGCCUACUGUUCUUUCUUACACGAAAACGUAUCAGAUGAUUGCAAUUGCCUUGUGAAAAGUCUGUUACACCUUUAAUACUUAUCGUCGACCUAUCUGUAAUUAAAAUUGUAUUUUAUUAUCGUUUUACAUCGAGUAUUUUAAACGAUAAGGUCUAAUCACUAAUCGAAAGAAUUAAGUCUGUUUUCUAAUUCCCUGCUAAGCUGAUACGAAUUAUUAAAACGAAAGACUCCAAUGAAAAA